AUUGACAUCAACCUUAAUGGUCAUCCACAACUGGAAAAAUGGCCAGGCAGAAAUGUUAUUGCCAGUGUAGGGAUUAAUAUUUCCUAAUACAGAAACAUUUUAGGCCCUGCCCAUAGUUUUGCUUGUGCCUCGAUGGGUGGUGCUUGAGAUUAAAGAAAGCUGCAAGUCAAUAAAUGAGGUCAACAGCAAUGAAACUUGAUGACUGGGCUCAGAAAAAGGGGUGAACAGAAGAAAGUCAUGUGGGCAUAUCUAGAUACCAAAUUGCUCUUGCAUGUGUUUUGUUUGUUGUUGUAUUUGUCCUUUCCUUCUGUUGCAUCCUCCCCUCGUUAUCCAUCCUCCUGUCGGUCACAAGGACAAUUCAGUCUAAGUGGGAUGCACAAAGCUGGUGAUGUAGUUCUAGGUGGGCUGUUUGGGAUGCACUUCAUUUCUGUCUUUCCUGACUUGUCUUUUACAUCAGAGCCACAACAGCCUACAUGCCACAGUUUUGAUAUUCUAGGAUUCCGGCAGGCCCAGACCAUGGUCUUUGCUAUUGAUGAGAUCAACAAAAGCACCAACCUGCUGCCUAAUGUGACUCUGGGAUACGGUCUUUAUGAUAUCUGUGUCAAACUAGGGAUUGGAUUCCGUGCAGCGCUAUCCCUAGUCAGUGGUCAAGAGGAGCAAUUUAUAUUAGACAAGACCUGUGCAGGAACCCCUCCGGUCAUAGGGAUUGUGGGUGACUCUUCUUCGACACGUUCUAUUGCAAUCUCCUCUGUAUUAGGUUUGUACAGAGUACCUAUGGUGAGUUAUUUUGCCACAUGUUCCUGUCUGAGUAACCGGGAAAAGUUUCCAUCCUUUUUUAGGACGAUCCCAAGUGAUGCUUUCCAGGUGCGUGCUAUGAUCCAGAUUCUUAACCACUUUGGCUGGACUUGGGCAGGUUUGCUUGUCAGUGAUGAUGACUAUGGACUCCAUGCUGCUCAAUCUUUCCAAUCUCACCUGGCACACUCUGGUGAAGGCUGUCUUGCAUACUUAGAGGUUUUGCCCUGGGGCGAUCACCCAGCUGAAAUAAGGAGAAUUGUGAAUGUGAUGAGGAAAUCCACAGCUCGUGUGGUCAUAGUGUUUGCACAUGAGAGUCACAUGGUUAACCUCAUGGAAGAGGUGGUGAGGCAGAAUGUGACAGGACUGCAGUGGAUUGCCAGUGAAGCCUGGAUAGCAGCUACUGUGUUUCAGAACCCCAAUCUCAUGCCCUAUCUGCCUGGCAUACUAGGCAUUGCCAUUCGUCGAGGAGAAAUACCAGGGCUUGGGGAAUUCCUCCAACAAAUACGUCCUGAUCAACAACACAACAACAGCUACGGAAAUAACAUUGUGAAACUGUUUUGGGAACAUACAUUUCAGUGUAGAUUCACUCUGCCUCCAGCAGGUUUGGUGGAGGAUGGGGGAACAUUGUGCACUGGACAGGAAAAUCUAGAGGAUGUGGAGACUGAGUUUUUGGAUGUUUCCAAUCUCAGGCCAGAGUAUAAUGUGUACAAGGCUGUGUAUGCUCUGGCUUAUGCCCUUGAUGACAUGCUGCAGUGUGAGCCAGGGAGGGGCCCUUUCAGUGGGCACAGCUGUGGAAAUUUGCAGAAACUGGAGCCAUGGCAGUUACUGCAUUAUUUGCAAAAAGUGAACUUCACCACAUCAUUUGGUGAUCAAGUAUCAUUUGACGAGAAUGGUGAUGCCUCACCAAUAUAUGAUAUCAUGAACUGGCUGCAGCUCCCUGAUGGAAGAGCAAAACUCCAGAAUGUGGGAAAGGUCAAAAGGUCAGCCUACAAAGGUGAAGAACUCAUAAUUAAUGGAGACAAAAUCUUCUGGAAGUUUGAAACAAAAAAGCCACCACGCUCAGUGUGUAGUGAGAGCUGUCCUCCAGGUACCCGCAUGGUCAGAAAGAAAGGGAAACCUGUGUGCUGUUUUGACUGCAUCCCUUGUUCUGAAGGAAAGAUCAGCAAUAAAACUGAUGCCAUGGAGUGCACCAGUUGUCCAGAGGACUUCUGGUCCAACGCCCAGCGUGACCAUUGUGUUCCUAAGAAAACUGAGUUUCUCUCCUACCAUGAGCCACUGGGUAUCGGUUUGACAGUGGCCUCUAUAUUUGGCACUUGUGCCUGUGCUGUUGUCCUGGGCAUCUUUAUCUAUCAUCGAAAAACACCUGUUGUACGUGCCAACAAUUCAGAACUGAGUUUCCAGCUAUUACUGUCACUGAAGUUAUGUUACCUAUGUUCACUGUUGUUUAUUGGCCGUCCCAGGCUGUGGACAUGUCAACUGAGACAUGCAGCAUUUGGGAUCAGCUUUGUGCUUUGCGUGUCAUGCAUCCUGGUUAAAACCAUGGUGGUCCUGGCUGUGUUUAAGGCCUCUAAGCCAGGAGGUGGGACCAAAAUUAAAUGGUUUGGAGUGUUGCAACAGAGAGUCACAGUUGUUGUUCUCACUGCUGUUCAGGCAGUAAUCUGCACUGUCUGGAUUGUAUCUGCCUCCCCAACUCCUCAUAAAAACACUAAAUACCACUAUGAUAAGAUUGUUUAUGAAUGUGCAGUGGGUUCCGUUGUUGGUUUUGGUGUGUUACUGGGCUAUAUUGGCUUACUGGCUAUCCUCAGUGUUCUGAUUGCGUUUAAAGCAAGGAAUCUUCCAGAUACUUUCAAUGAGGCCAAACUUAUCACCUUCAGCAUGCUGAUCUUCUGUGCUGUGUGGGUGGCCUUUGUCCCUGCUUAUAUCAGCUCACCAGGCAAAUAUGCAGAUGCCGUGGAGGUUUUUGCCAUCCUGGCCUCUAGUUUUGGCCUCUUGGUAGCACUGUUUGGUCCUAAAUGUUACAUAAUCCUGCUGAGACCAGAGAGGAACACGAAACGAGCAGUCAUGGGCCGGAACAUUGUGUCAUAA